AUGAACCAUCGAAGAGCCCAUGUAUGCCAAGCACCCGCGCCCUCCGCAACCUCUCCGCGUGCCCCCCUCGUACUGCUCCUCGCCUACACCGUCGCUUUCGCGCUGCUCGCGCUCUGGGCUCUCUCCGCCUCCCCCUCCGCCCUCUGCGCCCCGCUCCUCUCGCCUCUCUUCCCGCCGCCCCGGUCCGCAGCUGGUGGUCGCAACGGCUCGGCAGAUGGCGCACACGGCGCGCAAGGGGCGCGAGGGCUGCAGAUGGCGCACGGGGCGCACGAGACUGAAUGGGUAGACACGGAGGCGGGAGUGGAAGGGGUUCAUCUCUUCGAAGCAGACCGGUCGAGGGGAGUUGAUAGGGAAGGGGAUGACGCUAGCGAGGUCGCUCGGGGAGCAGCGGCAGCAACAGCAGAGGCGCAAGCGCCCGCGCAAGAGACGGCGCAAGAGACGCAAGAGACGGCGCAAGAGAAGCAAGAGACGGCGCAAGAGACGGCGCGGUUCUUCCUGUACCGGCUGAUCGGCAACAACAUGGCGCCGCUGCAGUGCGCGGGGCAGCUACUCCGCAACACGCUGUACGCGCUACAGCACGAGGCGCGCGCGCUGCGCGACUGCCGGCGGCUGUGGGUGGUGAACCACGUGGUGAACGGCACGGAGCGCGCGCUGCUGCUGGACGCGCUGCUCGCGCACGGCGUGGCGCCACAGCUCCAUGCCCCUUCCUGCCUCUUUCAUUCCCCCUCUUUUUCUUCCUUGAUUCCCCCUUCCUCGAUUCCCCCUUCCUCGAUUCCCCCUUCCUCGAUUCCCCCUUCCUCUUUCCUCACUCCUCUUUCCUCCCUCCUCUUUCCCCCUUCCUCUUUGCCCAUUCCUUGUUCCCCCUUCCUCUCUCCCCCCCUUUCCUCUCUUUCCCCCCACUCUCCUCACUCAUCUCCCCCCACUCCUCUCUCCCACCUCAUCUCGCCGUGUAGGACAUUCUUGUCCGUCGGAUCAACUACUCGCACAUCGCCACCCUUCCUGAGUCUUCCUGGACCGAGGCUGUCACAGAACGAGGCGCGCAACUUCAUAUUGGACCAUGGCAGGGCGGAGGGGGCACGGUGGGUGCUGGCGUUUGACGGCAACCAGUUCAUCACCGCGCACGCCUGGGACCUCAUUCGCCACGCUGCUCUCAGGCAUGAGCAGGCCGGGCUGAAGCUCUUCAAGGUGCCCAUGUACCGGGUGUACGAGGAGCAGUCGCCGCGCUGGCUGGCCUCUGGCACGCGCUUCCACGUGCUGCAGCGCUUCGCCCCGCAAAUGUGGGAGAGCCAAGUCGCCUUCCGCAACGACUCGCCUCACCGCUACACCGAGGGUGAGCAGCGCUGCACCGAGGGUGAGCAGCGCUGCACCGAGGGUGAGCAGCGCUGCACCGAGGGCAUGGCAUACGGGCGAGACAACAAGCUGGAGCUGAUCGACCGCGCGUGCGGCACGGGGCGCUUCGAGGAGGAGCACGCGCUGCGCCGCCGCCAGCAGGUGGAGCAGCGGUGGCGGCAGAAGCAGGAGGAGCAGAAGAGGCGGAGGGAGGAGCAGAAGAGGCGGAAGGGGGAGCAUGAUGAGGAGACAGAAGGGCAGCAGCAAGGGCAGGCGCAGCGAGGCCGGCGCUUGGUGCAUGUGGAGUGCGGUGCAGGCAGCAGGUUCAAUCACUCGAGCGCGCAGGACUAUGAGGGGGGGAAGGGUGCAGGGGGGGAGGGUGUGGCACAAGAGGCGGAGCACGGUGCUGUGCUGCCUGUGCUGGGAAAGGCAGUGCAGCAGCAGCGGCGGCUACAGGAGGCGUUGCAGGUGGACACGGGGCAGUGCGGGUGCCACAGGGAGGUGGGGCGGGACCACCGCAUUAAAGAAGCAGACCCCGCCGUGGCACACGCGUGCGGCUACACGGUGCGCCUCUGGUACUUCCCCUGCCCCGGGGUGGAUGGUAAGCGGAUCUUCGUGGAUAAGAAGUACCGGGCGGCACUGAGGGAGGAGGGGCACCGCCGUCUAGCUCAGCAGAUCAAAGAGGCUGUGCGGCAGGCCGUGGGCAGUGGAGGAGAGGCGUCCAUGCAGGAUGGCUAG